CCACACUUAUAUCUUAUCGUCAGUCUCCCGCAUCACGUGACUCCGCCGCCUCUCUGAGAUACGCGCCGUUCUAGAACAUUCAGGUGGCUUCACUACCAGGUCACAUGACCAAUCAGGUCACGCCCUCUGUGGGCGUGGUUUGUUGUCGGAGCGUGAGCGUGACGUAAUUCCGGGACACUGCGCCCACGUGUUUAGAGCGCAGCUACUCGGGCGAGCGUGACGUCACGGAACCGGGUGACCCGAAUAGCCCGCUAUGAAGAUCACCAGGCAGAAACAUGCCAAGAAGAACCUGAGCUUCUACAAAUACAACUUCCGCUUCCGGGAGCCCUACCAAGUGCUGGUGGACGGGACCUUCUGCCAGUCGGCUCUGAAGAACCAGAUCCAGAUCAAGGAGCAGCUGCCCAAGUAUCUGAUGGGGGAGGUGCAGCUCUGCACGACCAACUGUGUUAUUAAGGAGCUGGAGUCCCUGGGGAAGGAGCUGUAUGGAGCCAAACUCAUCGCCCAAAGAUUCCAAACGCGGAGCUGCGCUCAUUCCCAGAGUCCGGUCAGCGGCUCCGUCUGCCUGUUAUCCAUGGUCGCAGAUGACAACUCGCACCAUUAUUUCAUCGCCACUCAGGACCAAGAACUUGCAAACAAAGUGAAAAAAAAAGCUGGAGUCCCCCUGAUGUUCAUAAUUCAGAACACAAUUGUUCUCGACAAGCCGUCCCCCAAGUCUGUGGCCCACGUCCAGGCUAUGCAGGCCAGCCAGAUGUUUCCCGAGCAUCAGAAACACAACAUCGAGCAUCUGAAAGACGAGCAGGGGGUCCCCCGAGUCACAGAACGCAGAGGGAGGAAGAGGAAACAUGUCGGGGGUCCCAACCCUUUAAGCUGCAUGAAGAAAAAGAAGAAAAAUGAUCCAAAACCCACAACACCAGCUCCUGAGCAAAAGAGGAAAAGGAAGAGAAAGAGGAACAAGCCCACAGCAGAGACUGCAUAACAAAGAUGAGACCCAAAUCCACAGUUGCAGAUAGUGUUGAAGGGGUUACAAGAUAAAAAAAAAUAUGGCAUCUUUCUUACCAAAACAGCGCCUCUUCUGCUUAUAGGGCUGUGUCUGGUAUUGCAGCUCGGCAGUAUCACAGUGAAUGCCACUUCCUAUAGACCUGAAGGGAACAGUUUUUGGGUGGGGGGUAAAAUCAGCCGUGUUUGUGUUUUUUUUUUUUUUUUUUUGUU